UUGAGAGAGAAAUAGCUGCCAGGGAUGCAGAGAUUGCCCAAUGCAAACUUCAUAUCACUGAGCUAAAUUUGCAUGCAGAGGCACAGGCUUGCGAGUACAAGCAAAAGUUCAAGGCAUUGGAAGCCAUGGCGGAACAAGUCAAACCUGACGGCCCUGCUGCCCAUAUAGCAAAUUCAUCUUCAAGCAAGUUAGAGAAAAAUGGAUCGAAGUCUAGGGGUUCUGGUUCUCCUUUCAAAUGCAUUGGAUUGGGCUUAGUACAACAAAUAAAAUCAGAGAGGGAUGAGGAGCUUACUGCUGGAAGAGUCCGUAUUGAAGAGCUUGAAGCCUUAGCUGCAAAUCGACAGAAAGAGAUCUUCAUGCUGAAUGCAAGAUUAGCUGCUGCAGAGAGUAUGACCCAUGAUGUAAUUCGUGAUUUGUUGGGACUAAAGUUGGAUAUGACCAAUUAUGCGUCAUUGCUGGAUAAUCAGCAAGUGCAAAAAUUAAUGGAGAAGACUCGAAUCUAUAAUGCUGAAGCUCAAGAUAAGGACCAAGAGGUAAUGAAGCUAAAGCAGCAGCUCAAUGAGUUUAUCGAGGAAAGAAAAGCAUGGCUAGAGGAAAUUGACAGAAAACAGGCUGAGAUGGUGGCAGUACAGGUUGCAUUGGAAAAACUUCGUCAGCGAGAUCGGUUACUUACAACUGAAAACGGGAUGUUCAAGAUGGAAAAUGUUGAUCAUAAGAAAAGGGUAAUGGAACUUGAAACUGAAGUAAAGAAGCUGUCUGGCCAGCAAAACCUUCAGCAACGGAUCCAUCAUCAUACCAAAAUUAAGGAGGAAAACAAUUUCUUGAAAAGUCAGAAUGAAGAGCUCAGUAUUAAGGUGCGACGAACAGAAGCUAUUCUUUCACGUGUAAAGGAAGAGCUCACUCACUAUCGUGCUAGUAAUGGCAGAAACUCCAACAUCAAUUUUGACGAGGAGAAUCGGUUGAAUAACUUAUUGAAGGAAACUGAAGGGGAAAGGCUGCAAUUAGCAGAGAAGUUAGUGAGCUUGUGCACCAGCAUUUUAAAGGCUGCGGAUAUAACAAGGCCGGUAUCUGAUGUAAGUGUCUCCGUGGCUGAAGAAGCACUAGAGCAACUCAAGAACCGGGUUACUUCACUGGAAAGGGAGCUGCAAGAUGCCAAAUUCAAGAAUAGAAUUACCAAUGAAAGAAUUCGAUUGUCCGAGCUCAUGCCACAAACCUCACCGUAUAGCUCAAGAGCAGACGAGAACUGUCAAACUCCAAAUAGAGUUUCUCAGACUCCAUUUCUUUCUGCUUUGGAUAGAUAAUGCUGAUUUACAGAUUCAUUUCAGAGAAGAGAUCAGGAUGAAUGGGUUAGCCUUGUGCUAGCAGUUGCAAUUUUUUAUUUUUUUUAUUUUUGGAAAGAGAAAUAGCAAUUGCAAAUUUGAGUUCAGCUAGUGUUGUUUGGCUGUAAAUUGAUUAUUUCUUAUUUGUAUAUUUUUUUAUUAAAAAUAUAUAUAUUCAAUAGAACCUGUAUUUUGCUAAUCUACACCCUGUAUAUACGGUAUAGUAAAUUAUAGGGGCGAUAAGGUCUGUAAUGUUCUUGCAA